AUGUUGCUGUGCAGGGCAGCUCUGCUGCUCUUCCUGUCCUUGAUACACCUCGUGCUCUGCGCCGAGGAUUACUACAAGGUGACAUCUCUUUUCCUCUCUCCAUUCUCGGGCUCCCGGACCCUCGCUAACCUCGACUCACGACAGGUCCUGGGAAUAAGCAAAUCAGCAUCAGAUAAAGAAAUCAAGUCCGCAUACAGACAGCUCAGCAAGAAGUUCCACCCCGAUAAGAACCCUGGCGACGAGACGGCCAAGGAGAAAUUCGUCGAAGUCUCGGAAGCCUACGAGGCGCUCUCCGACCCGGAGCUCCGCAAGGUCUACGACCAGUACGGCCACGAGGGCGUCAAGCAGCGGCAGCAGGGCGGCAACUUCCAGCACCAGAACCCCUUCGACAUCUUCUCGCGCUUCUUCGGCGGCGGCGGCCACUUCCAGGGCGGGCAGCGCCGGGGCCCCAACGUCGAGGUCAAGCUCGCCAUCGCGCUGCGCGACUUCUACAGCGGGCGCGCCACCGAGUUCCAGUGGGAGAAGCAGCAGAUCUGCGAGGAGUGCGACGGCACGGGCUCGGCCGACGGCGUCGUCGAGCAGUGCGGCACCUGCGGCGGGCACGGCGUGCGCAUCCAGCGCCACCAGAUCGCGCCGGGCAUGUUCCAGCAGGUGCAGACGCAGUGCGACGCCUGCGGCGGCCGCGGCAAGACCAUCCGCCACCGCUGCCCGGCCUGCGGCGGGAACCGCGUCGUGCGCAAGCCGACGACGGUGCACAUCAACAUCCUGCCCGGCAUGGCCAAGGAGUCGCGCGUCGUGUACGAGAACGAGGCCGACGCGAGCCCGGACUACGUCGCCGGCGACCUCGUCGUCACCCUGGCGGAGAAGGAGCCCGACCUCGAGCAGGACAACCCGGACCACGUCGACGGCGUCUUCAUGCGCCGCAAGGGCGACGACCUGCACUGGAAGGAGGUCAUCGGCCUGCGCGAGGCCUGGAUGGGCGGCUGGACGCGCAACCUGACGCACCUCGACGGCCACGUCGUGCGCCUCGGCCGCAGGGAGGGCCAGGUCGUGCAGUCGGGCCAGGUCGACGUGAUCAAGGGCCAGGGCAUGCCCAUCUUCCACGAGGACGGCGACAGCGUGUACCACGAGACCCAGUACGGCGACCUGCUCGUCGAGUACGUCGUCGUGAUCCCGGACCAGGCGGACCCGGCCAUGCUGAAGGAGAUCAAGGCCGUGUUCGACAAGUGGCAGAAGAAGACCGGUGUAGACCUGCACAAGGACAGCGGGAGGCCGGAUAUACCCGACGCCGCCGGUGGGCCGCCGGCGCACGAGGAGUUAUGA